AUGAUAUAAGAUAAUUUAUUAGAUGAAGAAUAGACAAAUAAAAAAUUAGCUGAAGUUAAUAAAAAAACUUAAUAUAAUUGUUAAAAAGAUAUUCCUGAUAAUGAAAGUUAGGUUUCAGAAUUUAGCCAUGCAUCAAGUCUAAAAAAAUAAUUCUCUUUUGAUAUGAAUAGUCUUUGUUUUAUUCCAAAAAGCAAAAACGAUUAAUUAUUGAUUUAAACUGAAUAAUAAAUAAAACUACCAAUAAUCUAAAUGAUUAAUGGAGCUUUCUAUGAAGGCUAAUGGAAGAAUGGAAAAGCAAAUGGUUUUGGUAAAUAUAUAUUAACAGACACUUCAUCUUAUGUUGGAGAAUGGGUUAAUAAUAAAGCCAACGGUUUUGGUACAUUUUAAUUACAAGAUGGAGAAUAUUUUAGAGGAUUUUGGAUUGAAAAUACAGUUGAAGGAUAAGGUAAAUAUACGUUUGCAGAUGGAACCUUUUAUGAAGGAGAAUGGAAAAAUGAUUUACCAAAUGGUAUUGGAAUUUAAACUUAUUCUAAUGGUUGGAAAUUUCAAGGUAUAAAUAUUAAAUAUCUAAGAAAGGAAGUUUUUUAAAUGGAAUCAAAAAUGGAUAAGGAUUAUUACAAUUUCCAGAUGGAUCUAUUUAUUAAGGAUUCUUUGAAAGAGAUGUUCCAUCAGGAAUAGGUACUCUUAAAUUUUAAGAUGGAAGAAAUUAUGUUGGAGAUUGGAAAAAUGGACAAAAAAAUGGAAAAGGAAUAUUUUAAUGGCCAGAUGGAUCUAAAUAUGAUGGAUAUUAUGUUAAUGAUGAAAGAGAAGGUUAUGGAAUUCUUUUUUGGCCAAAUGGUUAAAAAUAUCUUGGUUUAUGGAAAUAAGGAUUAUUUCAUGGAAAUGGAUAACUUAUUAAACCUAAUGGUACUUCUAUCAGAGGUAAAUGGAUCAAAGGAAAAAGAAUUCAAUCUAAAUUAAAUACUAAUGUAUCAGGAAAAACUAAAACUUCUUAAAUUGAUUGA